UCAGCCUGAAGGUCGUCUCCACGGAACGAGCGAGUGGACUCCGCUCGCCUGCGUGCCAGGGAGCGGAUCCUCUUUUUUGACGAGGUGUUGCUCUACGAGGAUGAGCUGCACGACCACGGCACCGCCGUGCUCAGCGUCAAGUGAGGGUGAUGCCUUCCUUCCUCUUCCUGCUGCUCCGCUACUUCCUGCGUGUGGACGGAGUUCUCUUGCGGAGCAACGAGACGCGGCUCUACCACCAGACUGGCACAGACUAUUUACUUCGUGAAUACUCCAGCAGAGAGACUUGGGUCUCGGAACUACAGCACGUGCCACCCGCCGUGUUCUCAGACCCAGCGGAGAUCAGUCAGCUGCUGGCGCUGAAGGAUCACAAGCUCGAGCGCUAGGAGUUUCCCAAGAUGCAACAGCAGCCGGAUGAGGUUGUUGUGGGUGGUGGUGGCGGUGGUGGCGGUGGUGGUGGUG